AAUCCACGACUCGGGUGCGGCCGUAAUUUCCUAGCAUGGAUUCCUGCUAGGAUCCAAAUGCGCCUCGGGAGAGUCCGCCAUUGAACCAUAUAUGGGAUGGCAGAAUCCUGACAGAGUGUGAGAGGGUAUAAAGCGGCGAGUGUUCUUUGUUGUCGUUGAGACAGACUGGGACGUACGACCAUGCUGGCCAUUGUAACGGAGAGCGCAGACGCCAAGCCCGUGAUCAAGCAAGUGCCAAAGCCGACUGUCAAGGAUGGUUUUGUCGUCGUCAAGAUCAUGGCGGCCGGUCUGAAUCCUUCGGAUCUUCUCAAUGCCAAGGGAAGCUUUCCAUAUACCACAUAUCCUCGCAUCCUCGGUCGCGAUUGGGCCGGUGUCGUCGAAGAAGGCCCGAGCCACCUCGUCGGAAACGCAGUCUUUGGCACAAGCGGCAAGAGUCUGAGCUUCGACCAGGACGGCACCUUUGCCCAGUAUUGCCUUAUAGCUGAGAACAGCCUGACAAGCAAGCCAGCCAGUCUCGGAUUCAUCGAGGCUGCUUCCCUUGGGAUACCAUUGACAACGGCUCAGACAAUGCUCCACCGGGCGAUGGUCAAAGAAGGAGACGUCGUACUCGUCACCGGUGCCAAGGGGGCUGUGGGGAGCGCGGCCUGCCUGCUCGCCAGACAAAGAGGGUGUCGCGUGCUACGGGCUUAUCGAAGUGCCGAGGCGGACGUCAACCUGACCUCAUCUGCUUCAACUUUGAAGAGCUUGACGCCGCGACCCGAUGUCAUCCUCGAAACGACUGGCAACUUGGAGGUCUUGAGCGCCUGUGUGGCUGCACUUGCCAAUUUCGGAAGGCUGGCCUUUAUCAGCGCGCCGCGGACCGGCUCCAAGCAGCUUUCGAUCGACGUGUUGGACGUGUAUAGGAGGCAAAUUUCGCUUCUGGGUUGCAACACGUUGCUGGCCACUCCGGAGCAUGCUGCCCAGCAGCUCGAAUCGAUCCGUCCAGAUAUCGAAGCUGCAUCUAUCUCCGAGAACGGGAAGCAGACUGUCACCGUCACCCUCGAGGAAGCCGUCUCUUUCCUCGACGGCACGCGUCCUCUUUCAGGUCGCUGCAUCGUCUCCUUCUGUUAAUAGGUUGCCUAGACCAAUAAAGAACU